CAAACGACGGGGACACUGUUUCAAAUGGAGAAAUCCAAAAAUUUCCGCAUCGAUGCGCUUCUGGCUGUUGACCCGCCGAAGGUGCAGACAUCUCCGCUUGCGCUUGUGACUUCUCUAUCAUCCUCUUCCAUUUCAUCGUCCGGAAGUGUACCAAACUCAGAAUUGAAUGCCGACUCUUUACGGAAUGAGACGCCGUCUCCACCUAGGAUUUCCCCUUCUGGUUUGAUUCCUAAACCAGGCUUCUUGAACAGUCCCCACAGUAUGCUUGGAUUACAUCCACAGAGCAGCGCAGGGAUCCCUCCCCAGGCUCUUUAUGGCCACCCCAUGUAUACCUACUCCCUCGGGCAGCACCCUGCAUUGUCCUACUCAUAUCCGCAUGGGUCCCAUCACCACCAUCCAUGCAGCGACUCCCUCAAACUCUCGGCCGGGACGUUUCAACUCGACCACUGGCUGCGAGUCUCCACAGCGGGAAUGAUGCUACCCAAAAUGCCCGAUUUUAAUUCUCAGGCCCAGUCAAACUUGCUUGGAAAGUGCAGAAGACCAAGGACUGCAUUCACAAGUCAGCAGCUACUGGAGCUCGAGCAUCAAUUCAAACUGAAUAAGUAUCUGUCGCGACCGAAGCGCUUUGAGGUGGCUACAUCCUUGAUGCUGACGGAAACGCAGGUGAAAAUUUGGUUUCAGAACAGGCGAAUGAAGUGGAAACGGAGCAAGAAGGCCAAAGAGCAAGCCGCACAGGAGGCUGAAACUAAGAAAAGCAACAAAAACGGACAGGAGAAAUCGGACGGACAGGAUCAAACGGAUUAUCAAAAGACUAGUUCUGCCAAAAGUAACAGAAUAAGAGACUUCAGGGACAGUGACGAUGAUGAAGGUGACAACUUCCUGUACAACUCCUCGGAUUGCUCAUCGGACGACGAUAGAAACCACACCAGUGAUAUAAGCCCACAACCUUGA